CUACGACCAUUUCCAGAUCUCUUCACCUCAAAUCUUCUUCUCUAUAUAACAACACUUCCUUCUCUCACUCCCUCUCCCAAGUCCCAACCUAAGCUUUAUUGCAAAAUCCUAAUCUGUUCGAACCAAACCAGUCCAGUCCGGUCUUUCUUCUGAUCAGCUAGCCUUCUCCCUCUUUGCUACUAGCUUUGUUCAUCUUAUCUCUUCUCCGAAAAUGGCGUCACAAAACAAAGAAGAAUUAGAGAAAAAGAAAGUGAAGAAGUUGCAAAAGAGUUACUUCGACGUUCUUGGAAUCUGUUGUACAUCGGAAGUUCCCAUCAUCGAAAACAUUCUCAAGUCUCUUGACGGCGUUAAAGAUUUCUCCGUCAUCGUUCCGUCCAGAACCGUCAUCGUUGUUCAUGAUAGCCUCCUCAUCUCUCCCUCCCAAAUUGCUAAGGCACUAAACCAAGCUAGGUUAGAAGCAAACGUGAAAGUAACCGGAGAAGCAAACUUCAAGAACAAAUGGCCAAGCCCUUUCGCGGUGGUUUCCGGCAUACUUCUCCUUCUCUCCUUCUUAAAAUUCGUGUACUCGCCUUUACGUUGGAUCGCCGUCGCAGCAGUCGCCGCCGGUAUUUAUCCGAUUCUGGCCAAAGCCUUUGCUUCCAUUAGAAGGCUUAGGGUCGACAUCAACAUUUUGGUCAUUAUAACCGUGAUUGCAACACUUGCAAUGCAAGAUUUCAUGGAGGCAGCAGCAGUUGUGUUCUUAUUCACCAUAGCUGACUGGCUCGAAACAAGAGCUAGCUACAAGGCUAGCGCGGUAAUGCAGUCUCUGAUGAGCUUAGCACCACAAAAGGCAAUAAUAGCAGAGACUGGAGAAGAAGUUGAAGUAGAUGAGGUUAAGGUUAGCACUGUGGUAGCAGUUAAAGCUGGUGAGACCAUACCAAUUGAUGGAAUUGUGGUGGAUGGUAACUGCGAAGUAGACGAGAAGACUUUAACGGGAGAAGCGUUUCCUGUGCCUAAACAGAGAGAUUCUACGGUUUGGGCUGGAACCAUCAAUCUAAAUGGUUAUAUAACUGUGAAAACAACUUCUUUAGCUGGUGAUUGUGUUGUUGCGAAGAUGGCUAAGUUAGUAGAAGAGGCUCAGAGCAGUAAAACCAAAUCUCAGAGACUAAUAGAUAAAUGUUCUCAGUACUAUACUCCAGCAAUCAUCAUAAUAUCAGCUUGCUUUGCGAUUGUCCCUGUUAUAAUGAAGGUUCACAACCUCAACCAUUGGUUUCACUUAGCACUAGUUGUGUUAGUUAGUGCUUGUCCCUGUGGGCUUAUACUCUCUACACCAGUUGCUACUUUCUGUGCACUCACUAAAGCAGCUACUUCAGGGCUUCUGAUCAAAAGUGCUGAUUAUCUUGACACUCUCUCAAAGAUCAAGAUUACUGCUUUCGACAAAACCGGGACUAUUACAAGAGGAGAGUUCAUUGUUAUAGAUUUCAAGACACUCUCUAAAGAUAUAACCCUACGCAGCUUGCUAUACUGGGUAUCAAGUGUAGAAAGCAAAUCAAGUCAUCCAAUGGCUGCAACAAUCGUGGACCAUGCGAAAUCCGUUUCUGUUGAGCCUAGGCCUGAUGAGGUUGAGGACUACCAGAACUUUCCAGGUGAAGGAAUCUAUGGGAAGAUUGAUGGGAACAAUAUUUACAUCGGGAACAAAAGGAUCGCUUCUCGAGCUGGUUGUUCAACAGUUCCAGAGACUGAAGUUGAUAUCAAAGGUGGGAAGACUGUGGGAUACAUUUAUGUAGAAGAAAGACUAGCUGGAGUUUUCAGUCUAUCUGAUGCUUGUAGAUCUGGUGUAUCUCAAGCAAUGACAGAACUGAAAUCUAUGGGAAUCAAAACCGCAAUGCUAACGGGAGAUAAUCAAGCCUCGGCAAUGCAUGCUCAAGAACAGCUAGGGAAUGUUUUGGAUGUUGUACAUGGAGAACUUCUUCCAGAAGAUAAAUCCAAAAUCAUACAAGAGUUUAAGAAAGAAGGACCAACCGCAAUGGUGGGGGAUGGUGUGAAUGAUGCACCUGCUUUAGCUACAGCUGAUAUUGGUAUCUCUAUGGGGAUUUCUGGCUCUGCGCUUGCAACACAGACUGGUCAUAUUAUUCUUAUGUCCAAUGAUAUCAGAAGGAUACCACAAGCAAUAAAGCUAGCGAGAAGAGCUCGGCGCAAAGUUGUUCAAAAUGUGUUUCUUUCCAUCACUUUCAAAGCAGGAAUUCUGGCUUUGGCCUUUGCUGGUCAUCCUUUGAUUUGGGCAGCGGUACUUGUUGAUGUAGGGACUUGUCUGCUUGUGAUUUUCAAUAGUAUGUUGUUGUUGCGAGAGAAGAAAAAGAUUGGGAACAAAAAGUGUUACAGGGCUACUACGUCUAUGUUAAAUGGUAGGAAGCUUGAAGGCGAUGAUGAUGAUGUUGUGGACUUAGAAGCAGGCUUGUUGACAAAGAGCGGUAAUGGUCAAUGCAACUCAGGAUGUUGUGGUGACAAGAAAGCUCAAGAGAAGGUGAUGAUGAAACCAAGUCAUAAAACCAGUUCUGACCAUUUUCACUCUGGUUGUUGUGAUGAUAAGAAGCAAGACAAUGUAAAGGUUAUGAGAGAUGGCUGUUGUGGUGAGGAAACUAGGAAACCAGAGGGAGAUAUGGCUUCACUGAGUUCAUGCAAGAACUCGACUUCUCAUGUAAAACAUGACCUGAAAAUGAAAGGUGGUUCAGGUUGUUGUGCUAACAAGAAUGAGAAGAAGAAGGAAGUAGCAGCAAAAAGCUGUUGCGACAAACCCAAACAGGAAAUGGAGAGUGCUGGAGACUGCAGAUCUGGCCAUUUCAAGAAGAAGAAGCAAGCUGAGGAAAUUGUGCCGAUGCAGUUUGUUGGUCAGGCGCUAAAUGGUUUGGAAAUAGAAUUGCAGACGAAGGAUGGCGAAACCUGCAAAACAAGCUGUUGUGACAAUAAAGAGACGAUUAAGGAAACAGGCUUGUUUCUUACUGAGGACACAUCUUACCCGGAGCAGGGAGUGCUGAUUAAAGAUGAAGGAAACUGCAAGUCUGGUUGCUGCGAUGGUGAAAAUCAAACUGCUGAAGUUACAAUUGUGGAUCACAACUCACGAUGCUGCGAGAACAAGGCGAUAGUGAAACAAAGCUGCCGUGAGAAGGUAGCUCAGGACAUGGAAACUGGUGGAAGUUGUGAUCUCAAGCUGGUUUGCUGUGGUAAGACAGAAGACGAAGUGGGAGAAAAAUCUGAUAUGGAGAGAAAGAUUGAAGCAAACUGCAAGUCUGGAUGCUGCAGUGAUGAAAAACAAACCGAGGAUAUAACUCUGGCUUCUGAGGAUGAUACAGACAUUCAGGAGUGCUCCUCGGUAUGCUGUGUGGUCAAAGAAGAAGUGACACAAAGCUUCCAUGAAAAGAAGCAUGCUGUGUUGGUAAGGGAUGAAGGUUUGGACAGGGAAACUGGUGUAUGUUGUGAAGCCAAGUUGCUUUGUUGUGGUAGCAUAGAAGGGGAAGUGGAGGAGAAAUGUGAUAUGGAGGUAAAGAAUGAAGGUCACUGCAAAUCUGGUUGCUGCAGCGAUGGAACACAAACCGAGGAAAUCACUCUGGCUUCAGAGGAAGAAACAGAAAGCACUGAUUGUUCCUCGGGAUGUUGUGUUGACAAAGAAGAAGUGACUAGUAUCUGUCAUGAAAAGCCUGUCAGCUUGUUGGUUGCAGGCUUGGAAACUGAAGGUGGUGGUGAUUGCAAAUCAAAUUGUUGCGGAACUGGUUUGACACAAGAAGGGUCUUCUAAUUUGGCCAAUGUGGAGAGUGCUCAAUCUGGAGGCUGUGGAACAGUGAAAGUCUCCAGCCAAACUUGUUGCAGCGAGAGAGAGACAGAGAAAGUCUAUAGCCAAACUUGUUGUAGCGAGAGAGAGACAGAGAAAGUCUCUAGUCAAAUCUGUUGCACAAGUCCUACUGAUCUGGUAUUAUCUGACUUGCAAGUGAAGAAGGUUGAGCGUUGCGAGAGCUCAAACAGAGCCAUCAAGGUAGAGACCUGUUGCAAAGUGAAGACUGCGGAGGCUUGCCCAUCGAUAUGUAGGGAAAGAGAGAAGCGUCACAGUGGUAAAAACUGUUGUAGGAGUUAUGCAAAAGAGUUUUGCGGCCACCGCCACCAUCAUCAUCAUCACCACCACCACCAUCACCAUUUGAGUGUUUGACGGACACUAGGAAUGAAAAGCUUAAACUCUUGACGCAUCCAUCUAUUCAUAUAACAUUUCGUCUUGCAUUCCAUUAAUGGUGAAACAAAAAAAAAACAAUAUAUAUUUGUUCCAGCGAAGGCAGUAGUAUAGAUUAAGUAACUGUAUAAUUUUGUAAGACAAUGCCAGUGGUACUUGCCAAAUCCUAAAUUUUCCUUCUA